CAAAAUGGUGUCUCUCAGACUGCCUCACUGUUACUUGGCAAUCCUCAUUUUGUCAUGGUAUUCCCCACUAUCCCAGUCCCUGGAAAUUUGCUGCUGUCCUGAUCUUACUCUUUCUUUAGCAGCUGUAGUAUCCGACACAACGAAAAGUCUAGAAAAUGGUUUUAUGUAUGUAGCUAAACAGGACUCCACCGUAUCCUUAAAGUGUGAUCUUGGUGAUAAAGAACAUCCAGCAAUCAUGUCGGUGAUAUACAAGUUUCACAAAACUUAUGAUCUCAGUACAAGUAGACCAAUUUCUCUCGACUACAAGAAUAAGGAGCUCUGUUCGGAAGAUGAUGGCUCUAUUGCUACUUGCGACCUGACCAACGUGCAGUACUCGGAGAGCCCAUCCAAGCAGAAUACUUUGGACACAGCAGAUAACCACAUUUAUCAGUGUUACGCUGAGAUAACGAUGAUGGACGGUGCUGUUACCCAACUGUGGUCACAUACUGUCAAGCUGGAUGUUUAUUAUCCACCAACUAAAGACGAUAUGCCCGUUGUACCAGACCCCAGAUCUGUAUCCAUUGGAAAAGCAAUGCAGAAGUUGUACUGUGAUCUGCCAGACUCAAACCCCAAAACCAAGGCUCGCUGGUCGUUUAAAAAAAGAGACACAUCAACUUGGGAAGUGAUAGACAUUCCAAAUGACCAAGUUAGGGGCGAUAGGCUUGUUAUAGCUGAAGAUGACAUAAGUGCGAUAUCAAAAGAUGACAUAGAUCGAGGAAUGCUGCUAAUCAUGUCCUUUGACGAAUAUGAAGAUCAGGGAGAUUACAAAUGCGAGGGAGUAUACGAUACUGAGUUUGAUGAUACGGAUGUGGAUUUCGAAAUAUCUGGUUUCGAAGUGACUUCAAACGGCCAGCGGGAUAACGGCCUCCUACUUUUAAGACUUGUAUCAGAGAUCACAGAACCGAAAUUGGUAAACCAGGAUUCGACUCAUGUCAAUUUUACGGUGUACGUCAGAGAUACUCCCGGCAGGGGUAAAUACGGAAAUGUUAGUUACACCUGGCAAAUCGAGGAAAACAACCAAGACGUGGAUCUUAACGUCGACGAUUAUCCCAAUCUCCAGCUUUCCAACCAUGGCCGAACUCUGACUGUUACCGAUAUCGUUGAGCAUCGAGAACACAAGUUCCAAUGCAAGAUCAGAAGAACGACUGACGGAUCAACGCAAGAUGUAACAAGCCGUCAAUUUGGAGUAGGAGAGACUACACUCGUCAUAGCACCUAGGACGCUAUCUGUACCGUUGACAUCGCGGAAGUGUGUGAACCAUGGAGAUGAUUUAAAAUCAGCACCCAACAAAGCCUACAUGAUGUCUACCACAGCGUUAGCAGGAGAUAAGCCACAACAGAUUCUGUUGAAAGCAGACAACUGGAAAUUCUACCUUAACGAUUACAGAAUCCAAUUCAUUUCUGACACUGAUCAGAAUUUUGACUAUGAAGAUAGGGCAGGUAUAGAUCAAAAUCAAUAUGAAAGGAAACUUUCGCCGGCGAAUCAUAAAACAAGGUGUGUUUACUGGCAAUACAUGAGGUCGUACGGACGGCAGUAUCAGUUAUUUGAAGUCAUGAAAACGGAGAGAUUCGAGAAUGCUGGUUUAAAAAGCAUCGAUUUCCAGUCCACAGUUUGCACCAAUACAAACAUUGUAAGGGACGCUCAUAAGGUAAGUUUGACAUUCAAAGAAGGAACAUCAACAGCUCAGUGUCUUAAAGCAGAACUGGUUGAUUCUAAUAAUAAAACCUUGGUUACGAAAAGACUUCGUACGACCGCCGAUUCGUGUGCUAUAUGGACAACACAAACUUACGAAUUUACGGAUGUCCCUGAACAGAAAGGUCUGAAAAUAAAGAUUUCCUCAGAGUCCUGCGGAGGUAACUCGUUUGCAAGUGGUAGCUGCAUCAUAGAUGUUGAUCCCGAUCUCAGCUGUUAUACAGACUACCAGCAGAUUGUUGGUAUGCUUCCAGACUCCCAGAAAUUAGCACAGAGACAGUUCAGGAGUGAUGAGAGUUGUCAGGAAUGGUGUGAUGCCAAUCCCCGCUGUGAAGGAGUAGCCGUGAGUCCCGAGUAUUGGACUUACCGAGAAUGCUUUCUGGUCAUGGGCACUACGCACAUAACAGCAAAACGGGGCUGGGCAGCGGCGACUAAAACUAAAUGUUAAGGUGAUAACCGGAAUUGAAAAUGAUGUAGGUGCAUGUUCAUCGUAGUCGAUCAUUGUUCAGUCGUACAACCGUCAAAAAAUAUGGGGAAAAUGAAGAAAACUGUUCAAAUUUUAUAUUUAUGAUUUUAAAACUUACUUUUAAGUUUUUAAAUUGCAUGACAAAAAUUGGCAUCUGAUUUAACACUUUUGUGGCGGCAUUGUAGUGACAUUAUUGUAGUGACAUUAUUGCAUAUUGGCUUAUGUCUUUUUGCUAUCUUAAGUUAUGUCUUAUAGUUAUUGCUUAUCGUAUUUUUCUUAUAGCUAAAAUAUUUACUCACUCAUCA